ACAAGAUUUCUGCAGGCUUUCCAAGUGACCAUGAAAACCGCCAUCCAAGUCUUAUUUAUACUUCUUUUAGUAACUAUUUCUGAAUGUGCAGUGAUCACUGGGGCCUGUGAAAGAGACCUCCAGUGUGGAGCUGGUACCUGCUGUGCCAUCAGUCUGUGGCUCCGAGGGCUCCGGAUGUGUACCCCGCUGGGUCAAGAAGGAGACGAAUGUCACCCUGUGAGCCACAAGGUCCCUUUCUAUGGGAAACGCCAACACCAUACAUGCCCCUGCUUGCCGAAUUUGCUGUGUUCCAGGUUCAUAGAUGGCAGAUACCGGUGUUCCAUGGACUUCAAGAACAUAGACUUUUAGAAGUUAGUGUGUUCCCAGGGCUCCAUCCUGUGCUUCCCUCUCAACAUAUCUAGGCACCCUUCUGCUCUUCAACAAUUCACUCUUGUCCCCAACCUGCCCCACCAUGAUCAAAGUCAAAGCUUUCUCUCCAUAAAGAACACAACUUUUGCCAUUUGGUGGAGGUCAUAUAGAGUCACUAUUGCCACAUCCCCUAGUGGACCAAUCUCUUUAUUUUUUGCCAGAGCUGCUGAUGCCACCUUACCACUAAAUUAAGUACUGAUUGUCCUUCAAUUGGACCAUUUCUGUUUUUUUCUUGUGGGACUGACUGCUAGUUUUCCUGAAGUAACAACUGUACUGACAGAUGUGUAAAUGAUUAAAAAGGCUGGUUUGUUUGCUUUUACCCAGUCUUCUUUAGAAAUAAAGUUUUCUUUUCCAUGUUAGUCCUUAGCCUCCUUCCUAUUCUCCCCACUAGAAGAAUGUUCUUUCCCAAUAGGGAAAUAGCAGAAAAGUCCUCUGGAAUAAUUGAUUCCAACAGUCAGUAGCCCUCAAAUAUUUAGCCUUUCAGCACCAUUCUGGGUGGUCUGAGUCUGGAGAAUCACAGAAAAUUAUUCAUUUGAUUAUUUCCUAUUCUCUUGGCCCAGGAUACUCAAUUUUUUUUUUUUGCUUAAGGAUAAACACGAGCCUAGCUUUACUGCUUGGCUACUUAGGAAGGAGGAAGUUUGAUGAAUGUAAUUAAAACUAAAUUACAUUCAGUGUUGUCCCUACAAAAUAUAUUUGAGGGGAUCUGAGUACUACUUCCCCACUCCCAUAUACUCAUUCUCUGAUAACUAGAUGACCUUGGACAAAAUCACCUAAUUUCAUGAUUUGAACUGAAUGAUUUUAAAUUCUUUUCCAGUUAGAAAAUUCUGAUUCUUGAAUUCUUUGCUUCCUUGCUCCUAAUAUUUACUAUUAGUGGCUCAUUACUUUGGAUUAAUGGAACCCUUGGACAAAUACUAUUACCUUUGGGAGAAGCUAAUAUUUUAAAUAGCUACUUUAAUGUGAAGUUUUAGUCAGUUUUACUCCAAGUAGCUAAGAAGAGGUUUUGAAAGUAGAGAUGGUAGAGAAAGGAGAAGCACAUAAAAGGGACAUUGAGAAUUUAACAAUUUUUCCCAUGGUAAGCCAGCACAUAGUCUCAAAUGUCUAUCAAUUAACCCACAUCCCCUUUCCUGAGUCCUUUUUUAUUUUUCAAAAGUCCAGAACAUUAAAGUCUGAAUGUUGUUACCCACCAUCUCCAUCAAAAACAUGUUGGUUAAACCUUACUAAAAACUUCAUAUAAAGAGUUAUCAAGACAGAGAAUCUGAGGCAGACGUUUUGAUAUUGAUAAAAUAUUCCAGUUGCAUAAUAUUUAACUAAAACAAAUGAUGCCAAAUCCAUUAUUUACUGAAUAUUACACAUGAUAAGAGAGAGGUGGCUCCCCAUAUGGAUGCAGCCUUCCACACUGGUUCCAGCUCCUAGAACUCACAUACCAUUCUGUCUCCUUGGGAGAUGGAGAGCAUCAAGAAGAGAAGACUCUUGAGGACCCAGCUAGUCAAGGCCAAUUGGUAGCACUUAUAUCAAGUGAUGACUCUCUCAUAGCGUAAGAAAUCAAACAACCUAGAGACAACAUUGGCAUCCACCAAGAAUAAGACCUUGGUGGAUCCUUAAUGAUGAUCCAUCCAUGGAAGACUAUGUAUGAAAGUCACUUCAGAUGAGAGAAGGGAUGGUCAAAUCUUGAUGUAUACCAAUGGAAGCAGUGUCCAACUUGGCUACCAUAAGUCAGAAGUUUUGAUAGCCUGAAAAACUCUUGAUUUUUGAGGGCCUUUUUUGAGAUCGUUUAGGUCCAUGUAUGACAAGAUGCCUCUGCUCUAGACAUAUUCCCUCCUUUCCAACAUCCCUACCCUGUCCUUUUUUUGAAUUCUUUCAUAUAUGGAAUCUUUUAUGCUAUAAAACUUCCAUGCAUUCUGGUACUUUGAACCAGACCCUGGGGACUGCCACGUGAGAGAUGAGAAAUCAAUCAGACUUACCUGAGUAGGAACCCACUCAUUCUAUAAAACAAAUGGCUGAGGAAGCCUAGUUUUGAAGACAGAACCCUGGCACUCCUCUAUCAACAUGCGAGUGGUGAGAGCUUAAGUACACUUUAUUCCAAGGUCUGAGGGCAGCCCCUUGCUUCUUUCUCCUGCUGUGCUCUGAGAUUUCACACAUUCCUCCAGCCACUUGAGACUCAGAUACCGCCUUUAUCCUCAAGCCCAUUUUCCCUUUUGCCCUUGUUACUACCUUAUGCUAUUUUCCUUCAUGGUCAAGCUAGACCUUUUGUCUUCCUUUGUGUGAAUUAAAAAUACCUGGAAAUAAAGGCCAAUUGCUAUUA